AUGAAUCGAUGCAGUGUGACUAAAUCGAAGGGAGAAAGCAAGAAUGUGAAAGAAGAGAUUGUGACUGAACUGAAGGGCCGCGGCAGCAGGCGCGCCAAGGCUGAGGACGAUGCCGUCGAAGAGAAAGGCGUCGUAAAACGCGCGAAGGAAAAUGGUGUGGUGGAAGGAAAGGGUGGCGGCAAACACUCAAAAGAGAGCACCGCUGUCGAAGAAAACGGCGUCGUGAAACGCGUAACGGAAAAAGGCGUGGUGGGAGAAAAGGGCGGGGGCAAACGUUCAAAGGAGGCCACCGCGGUGGAAGAGAAGACAGGGACAAAGUGCGCCAAGGUGAACAACGGCCGCAGCGUCAGCCGCGUGGAGGCUCCACGUCAGCCCAAGGCAGCGAAUGGGGGGAAGGGAAAGCCUCCACGUCAGCUUAAGGAAGAGAAAGAGGCGAAUGGGAAGCCUUCAGGUCAGCUCAAGGGAGCGGAAAAGGAGGCGAAGAAGGCGCCUGGGAAGGCGAGGAAGCGAGGCAAGGCGCCAAAGAUCGACGACGACAUGAUUCAAGUGAAGCAGGCUCCGCUCGCCGACUCAGAGGAAGCUGCGAUCGUGCUCACGCACCCGUCGGAUCCAGCAGCCGCGGCGGCGGCGGCGGAGAAGAAGGCGCCGGUGCGGCAGCUGCUGGACUUCGUGUUUCACGACGCGGACGGCGCGCUCAUGCCUCUCGACAGCUUCGACGCGCUGGCGGCGCGCGGGGAAGGACUCUUCGCGACGGCUGUCAUUCUUCCCGAGACCGCCGCGCUGCGCCAUAUGGAGGACAAGGCCAACCUGUGCGUGGAGGACUUCAGGGCCCUUUCCAAGCCGGACGGGGGCGACCCUACCAUUUCCCUGCCAGAGGUGGUGGCCCGCGUGUCAAGGGCGCUGGGGCGGCCGUGCAGGGACGACCUGGUGGCGGCGCAUGCAUUUGUGGUGCAGCAGCUGUGCGGGCUGGACGAGGACGCGGAUGAGGACGACCAACUGUUCUCCGGGCUGCCUGCGCUAGAGUCGCUGAAAGAGGAGGGAGCGAAGCACGCAGCCGUCAGGAGCAUCGUGGAAGCCAGGCAAGCCAGCGCCAAGGAACACACGGGCAAGAAACCAGCAGCUACAAACGGGGCCCUCGUUAUAAGAGACACCGCUGGCGGCAGCAGCAGCAGCAAGGCCGGCGUGGGAGCAAGUGCAGGUAUUGACGACGAGGAGUUGGCUAGGCUGGUGGCGGAAGAGGAAGAGAAAGAAGCAGAGGCGAAGAGAGGGGGUGGGCGGAGGAAGGGGGCUGGGGGCGGCGGUGGGCAGGAGAGGUAUUUGAAGAUCAAUGAGAAGGAGCUGGCAGAUGACUACCCACCUCCGAGAUACUACAAGAGCGUGGAUGAAGGAACAGAUGAGUUCCUCCUAUUUGAUGACUCCACCGCCCCGCUUUACCCCGACGACCUGCCUCGCCGCCGCCUGGACGACUGGGCUCUCUAUGAUGAUCAGCUGCGCUUCGUGCCGCUCGAGCUGCUGCCCAUGCUGCCCCCUGCUCUGUCUACCCCCUCCUCACCGCUUGUGGACGAGGAAACGGACGAGUUCCUUCUUUUCGACGACACCACUGCUCCUCUUUACCCCGACGACCUGCCUCGCCGUCGUCUGGACGACUGGGCUCUCUACGACGAUCAGCUGCGCUUCGUGCCGCUCGAGCUGCUGCCCAUGCUGCCGGGAGUAGCCGCCGACUCCCUCGUGUUCGGCUCGGGAGUCAUGAUGGAGGACGAUGGUAGCGGGUUCAGCCUCGACGAUCCCACUGUCGAAUCCGCUGGCACUAUUCGUGGUGCCGGUGGUGACGCUGCUGGUGGUUCUUCUUCAGGUGGUUCUUCAGGCUUGGCCGCCUAUGUCCCCUGGUACCGCCCGGUUCUGCGCACAGCCAGGCUGGCAAUCCGAGUGAUUGAGAUGCUUAGUGGCGAGUCCCGGGCGGCGCGCUUGUCUUUUCUGGACGUGGUGACGAGGCUGGCACAGGAGCGGGUGGUGGAGAAGCAGCAGAAGAGCGGCAAGGCACCGGCGCGCGGGGACUUAGCCAAGUGUUUCGCUGAAAUGGAGCGGUUUUUAGUGGUGCAUGGGAAUAUCAUCCUGCAGCAGUUUAGGGAGUAUCCAGUAGAGACGAUCCGCCGGAGCCCCUUUAUAAGCACGCUGCGAGAAAAGAUGGAGAUGCGAUCGCAUACAGAGCUAAAAGUGAGCAAGAAAAAGGCGGCUAUGAUUGUCGCAAGCAGAGGUACUAAUGGGCGUGGUGGGGGUGACGGUGGGAGUGCGAGAAACGCCAAUCCUGCUGCGGCUUUAAGGCCGGAUGCUAGUAAGAGGAAGCCCAUGCGUGCGACCACGACUCAGCUGGUCCACAGGAUCUGGAAGGAGUAUUAUGAACGGUUCGGAUUGAAGCGGGAUGAGGUGGGGGCGGGUAAAGGGGGUGAGGGUGAGGAGAAUGGGAAGGUGGAGGGUGAGGAAGUGGAGGAUGAGGAAGAAGGAGGGGAGUUGAAGGAUGGGGAUAGUGAGGAUGAGGAGGAGGUGGAGGAGGUAGCGGGUGCGAGUCAAACAACGGGGAGCAAAACGAAGGGGAUCAAAGUGAAGAGCGCAGAAACAGCUAAGGAGGCCGGUGCGACCGAUAAGGGAAAAGCAGCAGCUGCUGGUGGAACUGAGAAGGCAAAGGAGGCUGGUGCUGGUGCAACCAAGGCGAGAGCAGUCAAGGACUCCACUCAGGGCGUGACAUGGAUCGGCGCAAGCACAGGCCGCACAGAGGAAGACCACCCCGCGUACGCCGCAGCGUCAGUCUGGGGGUUAGAGGUCAUGGCAGGGGUUGUGGUGCUGGCGGCUGUGGCAGAGGGCGAUGAUGACGGGGACGAGGGGCGGUGGAGGGAGGAGGAGGAGAGGUUGGUUCUGGUGGAGUAUAUGUGGGAUGAGGGGGGUGUGGGGGGUGGGGCGGGGAGGAGGAGGAGGGGCGAGGGGAUGAAGGCGCAUGGGCGGGUGAUGGUGAGGGGGAGUGAGACGGUGCUGGGGAAUGCGGCAGAUGAGUGGGAGCUGUUUGUGUCGGAGCACUGCGUUGACUUCCCCCUCACAGCCAUCCGUGAGCUAGCGGCAGUGACGCAUCGCAAGCAGCCGUGGGGGGCGGAGCACAGGCUGAGGAACAUGGAGGAGCACGAGAGGGAGAGGGAGCGAAUGGAAAACCUCUUCAAAGAAACUGGGCAGCGCUCCUUCUUCUAUCGCUUCCUCUACAACCCCUCCCGCGGCGGUUUCUUUGACCUGCCCAAGAGCCUGGGCAGCGGAACGGGCAGGUGUUGCUCAUGUGACGAGGACGUGGAGAGGAACAGGAUGAUGGAAGUGCGGAGGCUUGGGGAUGGGAAGGUAGGGAAGGAGGAGAAGGUGGAGGAGGAGGGAUUUGCUUACUUAGGGAAAGAGUUCCGGGUGCAGGACUUUGUGUUCUUGCAUCCGGCAGCAGUGGGGGAGGAGAGCGAGGGGAAGAAGUUCAAGAUAGCGAAAGGAGGGCGGAACAUUGGGCUGCGGGCGUGGCCUAUUGGGCAGAUUGAAAAGUUUGUUGCCCGGACUGGUGGGGCGAAGGAGGUGCCUGAAAAGAUGGUGGUGAGGAGGUUCUUCCGCCCUGAAGAUGUGCCGAAUGAGGGUGAUGAGAUCGCGUAUACGGCACACAUCCGAGAGUUGCCCCCUGGGAUUCGUUUCGGCCAAGCAGCAGCAGCAGCGUCACCUAUCAAGGAGAAAGGCAAGGGCAAGGGCAAGAGCGUUGCUGCCGACGAUGCCGACGCGGAAGCUGCAGCAAUAGAGGCAGCAGCAGCAGCUAGGGCCCGAGCAAAGGGCAAGGGGAAAGCAGCUGCAGAGGAGCCAGAAGAACCCACCAGCAAGGCUGCAGCUGGGGCGAAGCAGCAACAGGGAAAGCAGAAGGAGCUGGAGAAUCAGGAGAAUGCAGAGAAGCAGGAGGAGGGGCAGCAACGGGUGGGUAAAUGCAGCAAGGGCGGUGCUGGUGUGCUGCGGACGUUGGAUAUAUUCGCGGGGUGUGGAGGGCUGUCAGAGGGGCUGCAGCGGUCGGGGGCGUGUGAGACGCGGUGGGCCAUCGAGUACGAGCACCCGGCUGCUGACGCGUUUGAGAAGAACCACCCCGACGCCGCUGUCAUCUGCGCCAACUGCAACGUCGUUCUCAGGAGCAUGAUGGAGCAGGCGGGGCAGGUGGGCGACUGUGUGUCAACGCCAGAGGCGGAUGAAGCAGCAGCAAAGAUGGCCGAGGCAGAGAGGGGCAAGCUGCCUCUGCCCGGCCAAGUGGACUUCGUGAAUGGGGGCCCGCCCUGCCAGGGUUUCUCCGGAAUGAACCGCUUCAACCAGAACCCGUGGAGCAAGGUGCAGUGCGAGAUGAUCCUCGCAUUCCUCUCCUUUGCGGAUUUCCUCCGCCCCAACUACUUCCUCCUCGAGAACGUGCGCAACUUUGUCUCCUUCAAUGGGGCUCGGACUUUCCGCCUGGCUCUGAGGACACUGCUCGCCAUGGGCUUCCAGGUCCGCUUCGGUGUCUUACAAGCGGGCAACUUCGGCAUAUCUCAGUCGCGCACGAGAGCCUUCAUCUGGGCGGCAGCGCCAGGCCACGUGCUCCCCGAGUGGCCCCAGCCUCUGCACGUCUUCGCCUCCUCCCAGCUCUCCGUUCCCCUCGCCACCUCCGCUGCUGCUGGUGGCGCUGCUGGUGGAGCUGCUGGUGGUGCUCCUGGUCAGUUCAGCACGGCGAGCUCGCUGGCCAAUGAGGCGUGUCCACGUGGCCCAGCAGUGGGGGCGCCGCUGCGGUCGAUUACGGUGCGGGACGCGAUGGGGGACCUGCCAACUAUUGAGAAUGGCGCGGAGGAGGAGGAGAUGGAGCAUAGUACCAGUGGUGCAUCCCAGCACAGCAAGCCAGGCUCCAGCCAGCUCAUGCACGUGCAAGCGCACUGCAUGACCUCAACCUCAAACGCUGCCAACUCUCUGCCUUCCCUUCCUUUUCC